AGAGGACGAUAACAAGUAUUGUGUAGAUUGUGAUGCUAAUGUAUAUUAAAGAGGACGAUAACAAGUAUUGUGUAGAUUGUGAUGCUAAUGGGCCUAGAUGGGCUGCUUGGAACCUAGGGGUCUUUCUCUGCAUUCGGUGUGCCGGGAUACAUCGAAAUCUAGGAGUUCACAUCUCUAAAGUUAGGUCUGUAAACCUUGAUUCCUGGACUCCGCAACAGGUUUCGAGUAUGCAGAUGAUGGGGAACAGUAGAGGUAGAGCAGUUUAUGAAGCUAAUGUACCUGACGACUACAGACGCCCAACUACAGAUGCUGGGAUGGAGGCUUUCAUCAGGAACAAGUACGAGAAAAAGAAAUUCAUUGCUAAGGAGUGGGUAUCUACAGCGCCUCCAGAUCUACCUGUAGGAUGGGAUCAAUUGAUAGAGCAGGAAAGGUUGGGCAAACAGAAGGAUAUAAAGAAGAUGCCAGUGACUAAUGGAAUAAACAACAACAACAUCAGUAGUCCAGUAGUUUCGAAAUCUAUUGCUGUAAAGCCGUCAACACCCUCAGCCCCCAUACCGACCUCAAAACCUACGACAGCAGCUGCUAAACCCUCUGCUGCUGCCCCAGUUACUGGGAAUGGUUUAAGCACGGAUCUUCUCGGACUCUCCCUAGGAGAUCCUGCUCCCAGUGCAGAUCUAGAGGAUGAUUUAUUUGGAUUCUCUGGAUUUGUGUCCGCGACACCUAGUGUUACAUCUAAACCUAAUCCUUCUUCAGCUGGUCAACCUAGCUCUCAGGGUUUAGAGGCGGACUUCUUCAAUCAGAUAUCAACCCCUGGAGAAACUGGUGCUAGUGUUGUUGAUGCAUCUAAGAUGUCUAACUCUUCAAUCCUUGCCUUGUUCAGCAACAGCAGUGCUAACAACAAACCUUCCUUUCCUCAACAACAAAACCUGAUUAAUCAAGGAAAUCCCUCAGCUGCCGUUCAACUUGGGAAUCCUGGACAAUUUGGACAAAAUCCAGGACAGUAUGGCAACAAUUUUGGACAACUUGCGUCACAGAAUCAAGGUCAAGGUGCUCAGUUUCCCGCAUUUUUCCCCAACACAGUCCAAUCAGGGUUUCAGAGUGGGGCUCCACCACAGCAGUUCGGAAACCAGCAACAGCUGUUCAAUAACAAUCAGAGUGCGCAGGUCAACCCUUUCCUGGACCUGGGAUCACAAACAGCACCUGCCGGUCAAACUAAGAUGAUAACUACCUUGCCACAGAAUGUUUAUCAGAUGAGCAACCAGCUGAGUGGGAUGGGUAUGCAGACAACCCCGGGUAGGUUCCCACCUGCUCCGGUACAGGUUCAGCCGAACCUAGGGUUAUCUCCGGGUUUCCAAACCAACAUGUCGUCUUCUCCAUCUCUUCAACCUUACUCUACCGGUCUCUCUCCGUCUCUCUGGCAGUAGAAGGAGUUAUUGAAUUCUUGCUAACAAAUCCUAGUUCAAUACUUUGGGUUCCUUUUUUCAUGUUUUUACCUCAUAAAUAUUUAUUUUAGAUUAUUAAUUGGAGUUUCUUUCUUUAUCGAAUGAAUGUAAUGGUUACUUCUUAAAAAUUUUAUUCAUGGGGUUUUUGAUGAUUAUUUAAUUAUGUAUUGUUUGGAAAUCUCCGUAGAGUCCUAAUAGGUUCAGUCUCAGGGUAACUUUGAGGAGAACAGUUUUAUGACCUACUCGGAGAUCUUGUCCAACCUUAUCCGUGGCAUUAUUUCAUUAAUUAUAUUGAUAAAACCAGUUCUAAUGUGAUGUUCCCCCAAAGCUUUGAAUAAUAUGGAAUGAAAGAACAUUUUUUGAAAAGAUUAACUCAUUAGAUGUUAAUGAUAUUCCAACCUUCCGUUUGGUCGAAAUGUAAUUAAUUUCGUCCUCUUAGUCGAAUCUUCAAAUUUUCAUUGAAGAAAAUAGUCGACUAAGGAUGUUCCAAUGGCUUAAACUCGUCAAAAGAUAAUUAACUCAUUCCGUACAUUCAAAAGUUUUUAUCUCCCCUCUGUUUAACUGCACUUGAUUAUGAAUAUGUAUGGUUUCCAGUUUUUGAAGCUCUUAUCCAUCUUAAAAGUUUUUGGAUAGGAGAAGAAAUUUCCGGAAUUAUUCGGAAAGCAUCGGCAACCAAAUUCUAUGUAUAUUUGUCUUGAUGAAUCUGAAUGAAUCAUGUUUUUAUAUUUUGACAUGUACCUCUUACCUUAUCUCGGAACAUUCAGCGUACUGCACCCCUGUCAUCCGAUCAGUGUGAUAUAUUGUAAUAUGUUUGUAAACAAUGUAUUUAGUUUUAACGUUGACAAAAUAUAUCAGAGUUUAUCGUACUGUAA